CCAAGCCCUUUACAUCUACCACAUAAACAGCCAAGCCCUUUACAUUCUUCAACCAAAAUAAAGAAAAAAAAGCCUUCUACGCGCGCGCGCGGGGAGAGGGAGCGAGAAGAAGGAAAUAUGGGUUCCAUGGUUCCAGAGAGGCCUCAUGCAGUGCUCAUCCCCUUCCCAGCCCAAGGCCACGUAACCCCUAUGCUAAAGCUAGCCAAGCUCCUCCAUUCCCGUGGCUUCUACAUCACCUUUGUCAACACCCACUUCAACCAAAACCGCCUCCUCAGGUCCGGAGCCAUCUCCUCCCUCGACAGCCUCUCGGAAUUCCGCUUCCAGUCCAUCCCGGACGGCCUCCCUCCGACCGACAAGGAUGCCACCCAAGACAUCCCCUCCCUUUGCGAUUCCAUCCCAAAAAAUUGCAUUCCCCCCUUCCGUGACCUCAUCACAGAGCUCAAUGACCCUUCCUCUCCUACACCUGCGGUGUCAUGCAUAGUUUCCGACGGGGCCAUGAGCUUCACACUCGAUGUUGCCAAGGAGCUCCGAAUCCCCGAGGUCUUGUUCUGGACCCCUAGUGCGUGCGGCGUCAUGGGCUACCUCCACUACCAACAUCUCAUUGAAAGAGGCAUCUUUCCUCUCAAAGAUGCCAGUGAUCUCACUAACGGAUAUCUCGAGACACCCAUCGAUUGGAUAUCAGGGAUGAAGAAUGUCCGGCUGAGGGACUUGCCAACCUUUCUUCGUACGCUAGACUCCAAGGACAUCAUGUUCCAUUUCUGUAACCGUGAGGCCCAGAGAUCAUCCAUGGCGUCGGCGAUCAUAUUAAACACCUUCGACGAACUCGAACGUCCUGUAUUGGAUGCGAUGGCAUCGAUACUCCCUCCUAUCUAUACCAUAGGCCCUUUAUCCUUGCUCUCUCGCCAAAUCACCACGAGCCCAACAACGUCGAUAAGCUCGAACCUGUGGAAGGAGGACCCAGCUUGCUUGGAGUGGCUCCAAGGGAGAGAGCCCGGGUCGGUCGUGUACGUGAACUACGGUAGCAUUACGAUGAUGACGAACGAGCAGCUGAUCGAGUUCGCGUGGGGGCUGGCUAACAGCAAGCAUGAUUUCUUGUGGGUGAUCAGGCCUGACCUUGUGAAAGGAGACUCAACUGUGCUUCCACAAGAGUUCUUGAGCGAGACCAAGGAGAGGGGUCUGCUGGCGAGUUGGUGCCCACAGGAGGCGGUGCUAUCGCACCCCUCCAUCGGAGGGUUCCUGACUCAUAGCGGAUGGAAUUCGACGUUGGAGAGCAUAUGCGGUGGAGUGCCGACGAUAAGUUGGCCAUUCUUUGCCGAGCAGCAGACUAAUUGUAGGUAUGCCUGCACGGAGUGGGGCAUCGGGAUGGAGAUUGACAGCAACGUAAAGAGAGAGGAGGUGGAGAGGUUGGUGAGGGAACUGAUGGAAGGGGAGAAGGGAAAGGAGAUGAGGAGGAGGGCGGUGGAGUGGAAGGGGAGUGCAAUCAGCGCAACGCAACCAGGUGGCUCUUCUUUUCAGAAUUUCGACAGGUUGGUCAACGAGGCGCUGCUUUGAAGAAAAUGCGUUCAUAUUGAUAUUGUAAUCAGAUGCAUGGAACUAGGAUUUAUCGAACAGUUUAUUCUCUAUGGUUGUAAUAUGUGUUAUGAUCCUUCUAUGGCUUUCGAGCGGUAAAAUUAUCUUACUCCUUGUAAUUCUAAAAUUCUUUGUUUUAGAAUUUUGACUUAAUUUUCUCGGGAAAAA